CAGCUCGACGCAGUAUAACAUAAUGGCUGUUUGGUGACCUCCAGACAAAACCUGCUCCCAAGUCACUUUCCUGGCCUUGGUUGUUUAUUCCAGAUCAUUUUCGGGAUCCUGAAGAAGGUCUCCAGCACACCUCUGUCCACGUACACAUGGAGAAACGCAGAGCCAGAACAUGGCCUAAACCGCCCACGCUGACAUUCACCUCAGUGACGUACAUGCAAGUGAUAUAAUGCAGUGAGUGCCAGUGACAGGAUUCAUCAUGCCAUAACAACAACAGUAUACUGGGAAUAAACAGCAAAAUCACAUUUAUAUUUCAAGUAAGGACAAGGUCUACAGAGCAAAAGUAAACAGAACACUGUUUAAAAGUGUUGAUUGAGAACAUCCAAUGUUGAUUUUAAUCUGGACUUUGAAAGAGCCAAUAGACUUUAUAGGUCAUAGGUCAUAAGGGACUGCCUAUAAACUGAUGGACAUCUACGAAUUUGAUGAUUCCAAAACAGUCCUUUGACCAAGGUGCAGGGGCAGAACCAGCUCUUUUAUUGCAGUUGUGUUUCAAAAAUCUUUACUGGCUUCAAAACGGAGAAGAUGGAAACACAUUUGAUUUUGGUGGGUCUGCUGUCUAUCUGCAGUCUCUCUUUUGGUCAAGAUUGUAAUCCACAGCUUAAGGAGAAUGUGGAUUUCCCAGGACACGACAUAACUAUUCUCUUCUCUCCUGAUGUUGAGCACUGUCAGCAGCUUUGCACCCAGCACCCCUCCUGUAACUUCUUUGCCUUUUAUCGAGCUGACUCGACCAACACUGAAAGGACUUUUUUCUGCUUCAUCAAAACCACUCCCAAUGGACAGCCUUCAGUUCAGGUUCCACUACAGGGUGUCACAUCUGGAUUUUCUCUCAAACCCUGCAGCCAGGACCAAGAGCCUUGCCUGUCCAAGGUGUACCAGAACGUGGAUUUCUUCGGUGCCGACUACCGAACCUUGUUCACAGCAGACCACGAGGAGUGUCAGAGGGCUUGCACACAGGACCCUGCCUGUCAGUUCUUUUCUUUUAUCAAUGAGGCCUUUGAAACAGUGGAUUUCAGGAACAAGUGCCACCUUAAAUUCAGCUGGCCAGUACCAAGGAUACCUGUUGUAGCAAAAAAGGCUGGUUUAACAUCUGGAUUCUCCCAAAUAACACGAAUAAGUCAACAAAGAGUGUGUCGGGGCAAGCUUUUUCCAAACACUGACAUCCCAGGAAACGACAAUGAGGUUAUUCCUGCUGUCUCUGCGGAACACUGCCAGGCACUGUGCUCUGCUCAUUCAGUCUGCACCUACUUCUCUUUUGAGAGUAAUAAGUUUAAUUGUAACCUGAAGAACAACAAAGAAAACAUUGUUACUGAACGUAAAAAUGGAUUCACAUCUGGGUUACCAGCACGCUUCUGUCAGCUGGAUAACGCCUGGGUUCAGGUGGCUCAUGAAAACGUAGAUGUCCCAGGUUCUGACAUUCGCUUUGAGUCGAUGGAUGAUGCAGACACAUGUCAGAGGACCUGUACUCAGGAUCCUUACUGCCAGUUCUACACCUAUACCAACGACAACUUUGAUGAUCCAUUCGGCCGACGACGCUGCUAUCUCAAGCGUACCAUCACCAUGCCUGCUCCUCCUAAAGUUAGCAAAGUGGCCAAUGUGGUAUCAGGCUUCCAGCUGAGGAACUGUAACAGUAAAACUACUGUGUAGAACGCCCCACAUGCACGCAUUCACACACAAACA